AUGAAUUCCGAAUGUUCUGGGUAGUUGGCCCAACGGGAAGAAUAGCCGUGAGGCUGGAGCAGUCUGUCGGCCAAUCGGGUAUCAGGAGCUAAUCACUAAGCACACUGACCAGGGCGAGUGCAUCUCUUGAACUAGGACUGGCAAUGUUUCCAUCUCCAUAACGCGGAGAUUCUGACUCGGCGUUUUACGUUUAAGGCCCGCCGCCUUCGCCAAGCACAUCGCGUCAGCAGCGCAGUACGCUUCCCUUUCGAGCAGCUCAUUCCUACUGGCGUUAGUCAGUCUCGCAGCUGUAGCCGCGCCAUUUCAUUUCCAGCAGCGUCAGUCGAUCUCCCAGUCCCAGCCUUAGUACCAGCGCACUCUCAUUCCCAUGGCCGCUUUCGCGAUCCUCUCGCGGCGAAUAUCGACGACGACGAUGGUCCUUUUCGUCGUGGUCGUGAGUAACAUCUUCAUCUGCUUCGUGCUGCUCGACAAAGCCCCCUCCGUCCCGCUGCUCUCGCGCGCGGGGAAGGACGGCAGCCGCGACAGAGGCGCGGGGGGGCGCGGGCGGGAGAGGGGGCGGAGCGGGGGGGAGGGGAAGGGGAAGCGGCAUCCGCGGGGAGUGGUGCAUAAGCUGACGGCGGCGGAGCAGGAGAUGCUGGAAAUGCGGAAGGAAAGUUUCGACGGCAGCAGCAGCAAGGAGGGGUUCAUUCAGUUCAGCGCGUACCGCAUCAACCCCCAUAGAGUGGUUGCCAUGGGCCUCGUUCCUCUGGAGCACCAUGACGUCAUCACUGCCCAGCACUGCUGGUGGGAGUCAGCCAAUGGGCAGUGGACAGAUGGCGAGAUCUCGGUGAAGUUUCCAGGGGAGCACCAUGCGCGCGCCUAUGAGUGCAUCCUGCUGUACUGCGAUCUUCAGCGCCCAGUCAGUUCCCUGGUGGGCGGCACACUGAAGAUGGCGGUGGAUCAGCAGGAUAUAGUCGUGUACAAGGAGAGCCCCGGCACUCCCGAGCCUCCGCCAGAGGUUCGGGACGAAGUUCGGGUGUUUGAGCGCAACCUGACGUACUGCUCCGCGCCCAUGUUUGGCGAGAUCGACACGCAGAGGCUGCUGGAGUGGAUCGAAUUCCACCGAUCGGUGCACGGGGUAGAUUACCUGCGCAUGUACGACGCAGGAGCCAUGGAUGAUGACGUCAUGGCAGCUCUGAGGCCCUAUUUAAGAGCUGGCAUCAUGGACAUCACGGACAUUAGAGGGCCGGCUUUAUAUGACACAUGGAGCUAUGCCCAGGUGCUCAUGGUGAAUGACUGUGCUCUCCGAUCUCGACAGCUCACCAGAUGGGUACUGUUCAUGGACGUAGACGAGUACAUGCAUGUUUCGGAGCCGCCCCACUCCCUCCUCGUCUUCCUCAACUCCGUCCCGGCCAUCCCCUGGCUCUCCUUCGGCUCCGUCACCUUCCCUCUUGACAUCUGCGGCAAGAUACAGGAGGCCGGGUGGGAGCCGUGGGCCGUGGAGCAGCUGGUGUUUCGAGAGCCGGUGGCGCACUGCAAGGAGCCCACCAAGUACUACAGUCGUGAUGCGUGCCUCAAGUGGGACGGCCACCGCAAGUAUGUGGUGAAUCCAAGAGCAGCACAGGUGCUGCAGAUCCACCGCGUGUACGAGCUCAACCCCGCCUAUGAUGCCAAUGCCCCUCCUGAUGCUGCUGCUGUCGCUGCUGCCGCUGCCGCUGCCCUUCAGGCAACUGCAGGCGGGGAGGACGGUAACAGUAGCAGUACAGGGAACAGUACGAGUAACAGUGCGGGAAGCGGGGUGGCUUCUACAGGAAAGCUGAUAGCGGUUGAUGACGUGCAGGGGCUGCUUAUAGGGAGUACAGGCGGUGGGUUGAAUCUACAUACGAAUAUUAUUCGUGUGAAUCACUACAGGGGCCUGGGGAUCCGGUACGUGCCCAUGUGUCGACAGAUUAUUGCGCUGUCAUUGCCGGCUCCUAAGGGUGUUGUGAGGGACAUCAAUCUAGCCAGGAUUGCGGUUGCCUGUAGAUUGAGGUCAUUAGACGCAGCAGCUAUAUAGAAAAUGUGAAGUUUGUUUUGUGUAAAAUCAAAGAUUCUAUUGGAAAGUACAUGCUUCGGUCUCU